UUUUAUAUUUCCACUUUUUAAAGAGGGCCCUCUGUGUAAAAAAAAAGAGAAAAUGACGAGUCUGCUGUGCAUCACAGUAUUCAUCCUUACUGUUGCUGGCAGUGCAUACAGCCAGCCGACGGCCCGUCCCUUCUCACUAACAGUUAAGGUUAUUGCCGACCUUGGCGCCAAUGUCACCCUGCCCUGUCGGCUCAUGACCAAGGACGUAUCGCCCUUCAACACUGGUAUCCGAGUUAAAUGGACCAAGGUGGCAGAUGAUGAGUCCAUGAAUGAGGAUGUGUUGAUGUCAAUGGGAUUCCACAAGAAGACCUAUGGAAGCUUUGAGGACCGUGCCUUUCUGCAGGAGCUUGACAAUGAAGAUGCCUCCUUGAUAAUCACUGAUGUUUCCAAGGAUGACACGGGAAAAUACCGCUGUGAGAUCAUCAACGGGAUGGAUGACACCUUGCAUGAGAUGGACUUGGAAGUUGGAGCUGUUUAUACAGAUGGUGUUGUGUACCCAUACUCUCCCCCUAUCGGACGUUACAACCUGAACUUCGCCGAUGCUGUCCAGGCCUGUGCAGAUCAAAAUUCUAGUAUUGCCACCCACGAUCAACUUUACGAAGCCUGGAAGAGCGGUCUUGACUGGUGCAAUGCUGGCUGGCUGGCUGAUGGCACAGUGCAGUAUCCCAUCAACAAACCCAGAGGUCCUUGCGGUGGUGUCAAAAAUGGGCCCGGAGUUAGAAGCUAUGGCAACCAAAACAAACUGCUGGGCCUCUUUGAUGUGUUCUGCUUCGCUUCUGCACAAAGUGGACGUUUCUACUGGCUGGUUCAACCCGCUAGGUUGACCUUUAAUGAGGCUGUGCAGGCAUGCAUAGAUGAUGGUGCAGAGAUCGCCAAGGUGGGCCACAUGUAUUCUGCAUGGAAGCUUGAGGGCUAUGACCGCUGCGACGCUGGAUGGUUGGCUGAUGGAAGUGUUCGCUACCCCAUCUCCAGGCCCCGCAAAAACUGCAGCCCAACAGAAGCUGCAAUUCGCUUCCUCGGAUUCCCUGACAAAGAUGUAAAUUCUUAUGGCGUCUACUGCUACAAAGAGGAGCAGUGAGGGGUAGAUAGAAGUAGGGAAAACAUAACCACCAAAGAGCUCCAGCAAACACAUCCAGUAACAUCAACUAUAAAGCUUACCAGCUUUGGAUCGUAACUAGCAUGAACUCAAUACCUUUCUGAAACUGUGAUAACCAUUGUAACUCCUUAAAAGCCAAUACUGUACAUCUUACACCCAUAUGCAAUGAAUCACAAAGUAUUUUUUAGCCAUUAAGUUUUGUUUUUCUCUAACUGUGCAUCCAUUAAUUUUAAAAGACUUUUAAAAGGCAACAGUGCCAAUGUAUGAGUGACAUGACAGAGACAAGAACUUAAUGGUUAUUGACCACCAUAUAAGUUUGGUUUGUCCACAGAAUGAUUAGAUGUGUGAAGUUCAAGAUUGGGAGCAUUUUUGCUCUGGUGCAGAUAAAAUUUGUUGCUCUAGAAUUGAGACCUUGAAUUGAAUCAAGUCAUUAACAAAGCUUGGCACCUACUGAUGAGCUUUGGGUAUGAUACCUGAUUUACUGCAGUAUUCAACUUGAUCACUUUCUUGGCACAGGUGAAUUUAUGUUUCACCUCUUGAACUGUAGAAAGGUUUUUCACCCUGAGGAGUUGUGAUCAAAUGUAUCAUUUAAAAUGAAUGUAAAUGUCUCAUUGGGCUGUGACUUUUUCUGCAUCGAUAGCUACCAUUCAUUAAGCUCCCAACUGCAUUAUGAAAUUUUGUAGUGCUAGUUUUAACCUUUGUUUUUAUUUUUGACCUAUAGACAGUUUCACUUAUUUUUUUACAUGUUAAUAUUGUUAUUUUUUAAAGACAACAGGUUCUGUCAAUUCAGCUUUCUUGUCAAGUGUAGUUUUGAAAAACGUAUAACAGGCACAUAUAAAACAGCAGCGACUCAAGAAGUAGGAACAGAACAAGCACAGAUCCCUUAAAACAACCUUUUAAUAAAGUAUAUCAAAACUUCCCAGCGAUAUUCAAGAGUAAUGCUAAUGAUCACUCACACUUCUGUUCAAGGAUUCAAUGAUGGUCAUGCUGUAGUUAGGGGAUGAGAUAAAGUGUUAGCACCGCUGUUAGCAUGGAGCUUGCUUUUGAAACAUUUGCCCAAACUACAGGACCACACCCUUUCAAGGUAUCAGUUGGAAACAUUGUCCCUAUUUUACUUUUCAUAACCCCUGGCACUGACAACGGUUUUUACUGCAAGUAACAUGUGGUAACACGAUGAUGCAUUGUUCGUAAAAGCAAAACUUAAACAAUGUCUGUUAUAUUUGUGCAUUUGUACACACUUGUGCAUGAAAAAAGGUGAAGGUAUUUUUGUAUCUUGUUGCCAUGUACCUUUUUCAACAAGCAGUUUGAAAUAAAAAAUACAACUUUAAAAAUA